GAAAAGCUUCAUAACGGUGGUUACGCUCAAGCUUUAACGUCCAUGCUGCUCACCAGCGCCCAGAUCAUAAGCAAAUACUGUUUGCCUACACAUUCCCGUGAGUUGCCACAUGUGACGAAGAGCAUCGACGCGUUUCUCGACGUCUUCUCUCCGUCGUGGAGCUUCGCCGAGACUUUCUCGAAAUCUGGAAGUCUGCAUCUAAUGCAGUACGUUUCCAGCAAGGAACCAAGUCGUUCAAUGGAUCCUUUCUACCGUCGCUAUUUAUUUAAUCGAACCACGUGGUUCGCAGCUGAGCGACGAGAUUUGGACGCCGUUAGAUGGCUGGUCGAGAGUUUUUUACCUCAAGAAUUCUUGACUAAAGUAGUAAACGGCGCAGCAGCGGGAGGUCACGUGAAGAUUCUGCAGUGGUUAUUUGACAAAUGCUAUGACCGUGCAUGUUGGGGAGGAAUUGAAAUGUGUAGAGCUCUAAUUAACGAACAUUUUGAAGCUGUCGAGUGGUUAAAAAGGAAUGCUCCACCUCGACGUGAAUGUAUGAACGAAAUUAUGCAAGCAGCAGGAAAAGCAGGGAACGUGGAUAUCAUUUGGUGGUUAUAUGAAGAGCACGGCGUUGAUGCAGAAGAUGCACUGUGGAGUGCACAGAUGGAAUCGAAGUACGACACAGCUAGGUGGAUAUUUGAGAAUUGCGAGAUGGAAUAUCCGACGAUCGAUUGGCAAGAUGCUGCUCGAUGCGGAGAUCUGGAGUUCCUAAAAUUUGCAUAUUCUCUUGAAAUUGGAUGCCCCAAUAAAGACGCGAUGCACGCAGCAGCGGCUUCUGGUCGUUUAGAUGUUCUAGAGUGGCUCUACUCUGAAGUAGGUCUGCCACUAAGGAGUGAGGCGGCGAGAUAUGCAGCGAGAAAUGGACAUCUACAGGUGGUAAAAUGGUUCAAAGAUAAUGAUUGUCCAGGUUGGGAAAUAGGAAUUAUGAACGCUGCGGCCACCGGUGGACACCUAAAAAUCCUUAAAUGGCUACGUGAAAACUGCAAUGAUGAAUGCAAUGUAUCGACAAUGAAUCGAGCGGUCAGAGGUGGCUACGUAGAUGUUGUGAAGUGGUUGAAUGAUAACUACACUAUCGGCGAGUUAUCAGCUUUUGUGAUGUAUACUGCGGCUCGGUUGGGCCACUUGGAAGUUGUCAAAUGGCUA